GCAGCCGACCAUGGCUGUUGUUAUGGCGCAUCCAUUUUUAACAGCUUCCAGACGAUAAACAAGUGGAAACUAGAUCUUUCUUGGAGUCGGUGUCAUAUCUUCUGCCAUUCUUUGUUCUAUAUUUCCAUAUUAUUACAUUAUGAUUCCCCUCCCUGACCAAGGCCCUUCUCCCGAUUGUUCAGCUGGCCGGGGGGCCAGCUCUAGGAAGAGUCUUGGUGGUUCCAAACUUGUCAACUGUGGGACCUUAUAUAGACAGACUGCCUUGGCUCUAUUGUUUUUGCUCGAGGUAAAUCUGACAUUGCAGGGAGCAUCACAAAAAUCAAGGUGGUUUAUGACAGCAACCUAGCAGGUUCAAGACCUGCCAAAAAAUCCUGGAGGUAGAGAACGAGCUGUAUGGAGCAGGCUGGCCCAAAAUGGGAGCCACCAUGGCACUAAUGUGGCUGAAGAGUGUCCGGUUUAUCCAGGUCCUGCUACAGAGUUUGGUGGAUGGGGAGAAGGGACGAAAACAACCCCAACCUCAUCCGGGUCAAUUGCACUGAAGCUUGUGCGCUGGCCCUGAAGAAGUACCAUGGGUGGCUAGUGCAAAAGCUCUUCAAGGCAGCUGUGUUCGCAGCCCCCUACAAGGCAGAUUUCCUGAGGGCACUGUCCAAGAGGUCAAGGAAAAGGACUGCCGGGACAAAAUACGACUUUCUAGUGAACUUCACUGCCACUGAUGCCAUCUGAGAUGUACACCAAGAUGAAUGCCGAGAUCUAAUUCCAUUGGUACAUCAACGUGAUUGUAUUUGAUAAAAGAUGCCUUAAUAUUGAUGUAAUCAUACAAAUGUCAUCUCACCUAAUCAUCAUUUAGGAAGUCAAAACCAAAUCUCUCGCGGAAACAGUCAUAUCACAGGAGACUAAUAUUUGUAAACUGUCAAGUCGGGAUGAUUUGUUUUAAAAGAUUGAAAAGUUCCAAGCUUCAAAUAAGUGAGUCUUUUUAAAGUGUUCUAAAAAAUGUGUUGGAAAGGAAAUGUUUUAUAACCUUUACAUGUUAAGUGACAUUGAAAUCAAUCCACCAAAUGGUGACAUUUCAUUUUAGGCUGUUUCAUAAAUAUGAUUGAUUGUGAAUUACAUUAUGAUGCAGUAUUGAUUAUGAUAAAUAAACCAGAUUUAUUUUGUGUAAUUAUAGUGGCUGAAUCAAGCCAUGUGAGUAUAGAGAUGCCACUAAUAUUGUUAACCUAACUGUGCCUUCUGCCAUUGACACAGGGGAGAGGGUGAACUCUCACUAGCUUUGUCUUUGUCCAACAGUGCAACUUUACAGGAUGCCUGCCUCUUGAGUUGAAUUUUUGAUUUUCAUAAGGCACUUUUUUCUCUUGCGAAACAUUAGUGUACCCUAAUUAACACACCCCUGUGAUAUAUUGUAGAGGGUUUAUCUUGAGAACCAUAAUGGAGCAUGUCUUUCCUUGGUAUUUCUCAGUUUUACUUCUGAUUGACUUUCUAAUACUGAUUUGGGUGCCUCCAGAUGUCCUUUCCUUGCCCUUUUGGAAUUCAUAUUUGUUUGGUGGCCUAUAUGUCAAAACAUUUAAUGAAAACACUAUGGCAUUAUAGUAAAUUUAUAGCAUUAUAGUAAAAUUAAAUUCACUGAAAAUGUAUUUUUUGUCAGUGAUUCGUUUCCAUUUUCUGGUUAUGAAUUUUUAGGUAUCACUUGAUUGUCAUGAGAAAUGUGUAUGAAAAGGAUUCAAAUGCAGGGCAUAAAUUAGGCACGAUAUUAUACAUUAUUUUAAUCUUAUAUUGCAAAUGAAUAUUUUUACAAAAUAUGACCAGUUUCUAAUUUUAUAUUGACUUGUCAGAGGGAGCACCCCCUAUUCACAUCGAAAGGACAGCAGUCGAGAAGGUGGAAAGUUUUAAGUUCCUUGGCGUACACAUCACAGACAAACUGAAAUGGUCCACCCACACAGACAGUGUGGUGAAGAAGGCGCAACAGUGCCUCUUCAGCCUCAGGAGGCUGAAGAAAUAUGGCCUGUCACCCAAACCUCUGACAAACUUUACAGAUGCACAACCGAGAGCAUCCUGUCAUGCUGUAUCACAGCCUGGUAUGGCAACUGCACCGACCUCAACCGCAAGGCUCUCCAGAGGGUGGUGCCGUCUGCACAAAUCAUCACCGGGGGCAAACUACCUGCCCUCCAUGACACCUACAGCACUCUCACAGGAAGGCCAAACAGAUCAUCAAGGACAACAACCACCGAGCCACUGCCUGCUCAACCCGCUAUCAUCCAUAAAGCGAAGUCAGUACAGGUGCAUCAAAAGCUGGUUACCGAGAGAUUGAAAAACAGCGUCUAUCUCAAGGCCAUCACACUGUUAAAUAGCCAUCACUAACUCAGAGAGGCUGCUGCCUACACUGAGACCCAAUCACUGGACACUUUAAUACAUUGAUCAUUAGUCACUUUAAAUAAUGCCACUUUAAUGUUUACAUAUCUUGCAUUACUCAUAUCACAUGUAUGUACUGUAUUUUAUACCAUCUACUGCACCUUGCCUAUGCUGCUCGGCCAUCGCUCAUCCAUACACUUAUGUACAUAUUCUCAUUCACCCCUUCAGAUUUGUGUGUAUUAAGUAGUUGUUGGGGAAUUUUUAGAUUACUUGUUAGAUUUGUGUGUAUUAGGUAGUUUUGGGGGAUUUGUUAGAUUACUUGUUAGAUAUUACUGCACUGUUGGAACUAGAAGCACAAGCAUUUUGCUACACUCGCAUUAAAUCUGCUAACCAUGUGUAUGUGACCAAUAAAAUUAGAUUUAGUUAUUAAUCAUGUGUGCCCAUAUCAACUUUAAUAACAUGUUUUGUACAUACUUUGUGAAAUUCACUGGUGCCUGCUCAAAAACACAAGAGAUUUUAGGAAUUGUAGUAGGCUACAUGUCUCGGAACAAAGCUGGUCAAAUUGUCUUAUUAUCCACUUGGGGGUGCUACUGUGUUACUUUUUGGUGGUAGUCAGGAUGAUUUAUUGCUGUAUCUGCAUGGCAUGUGAUUAGCCAAUUCAUUGAAUUUGGAGUAACACCACAAUACUAUAAAGAAGUAAAACAGUGUAGUCCUCUUGUGAGACUGACUGAGGCAUUUCAGCUAUUUAAAAAAAAAACUUUCCUGCUGAAAACAAUAUCCUAAGUAUAAAUACAGUCAUUUACACACAUUUAUGGGUAAAAAAAAAUGUUUUGAUCAUAAUUGUGUUUUCUAGACUUCAAGGAGUUGCUGGUCUGAUGUGAUGUCAUUGGUCUCCCCCUUGCUGUUUACAUCGUUCUCUUCAGCAUUGUUUGCAGAAACAAUAAAGGAGCAACAGAGGAUAACAAAGAAAAGCGCCCCCCCGGUCACUUAUUGAAUUGUACCUUUUUAAAGUAAAUAAGGUUAUAAAUUAGGUGAAAAGGAGACUGGGGUGCCACUUUAAGAGUAGUCCCUGUACCGGUUAGUCCGGUUAGUCCCCACCCAAACACAAGCGUACCUUGUAUGCCUGAAAAUGGAAACCGAUUGGUGGAAACCAGAGGACAGAGGCUGCUGUAGUGUACCUGGGCACACUGCUUGCGGGGCUGAAUAAUUAUUGGACUAGGCUACACGCGAAAUCAGAUCACUUUUCUCCCAAAUACUUGGAAGAAAGAAGUAGCCUACUAAAGUCGGGAGGCAGUCGAUCCAAAUGUUUUGUCCAUACACUUUUUUGAACUUUUCCUAUUGUUAAGAAUGAACAACUACACUGCACAAAAGGUCCAUUGAUUAUAGGACAAGCUCACACAGGACCUCUACAUGCUCCAGGGUCACUUCUAGUUCCCCCUGAAAAAGAAUACAGUACCACAGUGCGACAUAAGGGAUGAAUGAGGUCUUUGACCUGUUUUAGGGCUGCUCCGCUGCCACUCUACUGAGAAGGUAUCACGUCGCCAUGACGGAGAAGGACACGCCUUCCUUGGCUGUGACCAAGGCUGCUCUGUCCUCGGGCUCAGAGAAGGGAGGAGGUGGAAUUGGAGAGGGACAGCCUGAUGCCAGUAGUACCUACUCUGAUCUAUCGGCACUGGCCAACCUGUUUGAGAGUGAGGAGGGCUCCCAGUCAACUCCGGACCUGACCCAGGACCCUGCUCAGAAUCUAGCCCGACCAGGCCAGCUGCAGCCAGGGGACGGCCGACAGAACCUCCGAAUGAAGUUCCACGGUGCCUUUAAGAAGGGCAUCUCCAACCCUAUGGACUUGCUGGAGUCUACCAUCUAUGAGUCACCCGUGGUGACUGGCCCCAAGAAAGCCCCCAUGGACUCACUCUUUGACUAUGGUACCUACAGUCACACCAACAACAAGAAGCAAGGCAGGAAGAAGCUCCUACGAGGUAAGACUGAGAUGUCCUGCGAUGAAGGUGUGGACCCUACAGGCUCAGAUCCACCCAUGGUGAUUAAAGAGUUUAACCGCACGCUGCUCUUCGAUGGCGUGUCACAGGCCGACCCAGAGGCCCUUUCAGGCCUGCUGGAGUACCUGCAGGGUCACGACAAGAGGCUCACCGACGAGGAGUUCAAAGAACCUUCUACAGGUAAGACGUGCUUGCCUAAAGCCCUUCUGAACCUGUACAAUGGUCAGAAUGACACCAUCCCUCUGCUGAUGAAUAUCGCAGAACAGACAGUCAACCUCCAUGAUUUCAUCAACACACCCUUCAGAGAUGUCUACUACAGAGGCCAGACGGCGCUCCACAUCGCCAUCGAGAGGCGUUGUAAGCAGUAUGUGGAGCUGUUGGUGGAGAAAGGGGCAGAUGUCCACGCCCAGGCCCGCGGACGCUUCUUCCAACCCAGGGACGAGGGGGGCUACUUCUACUUUGGCGAGCUGCCUCUGUCGCUGGCAGCGUGCACCAACCAGCCAAACAUGGUACACUACCUGACCGAGAACGGCCACAAGAAAGCCGACCUUAGACGGCAGGACUCACGCGGCAAUACUGUGCUGCACGCCCUGGUGCACAUCGCCGACAACACUCGGGACAACACCCGCUUCCUCACUAAGAUGUAUGACCUGCUGCUGACCAAGUGUGCCAAGCUCUACCCAGAAGGCAGUCUUGAGGACGUGCUCAACAACGACGGCAUGUCGCCCCUCAUGAUGGCGGCCAAGCUGGGAAAAAUUGGGGUUUUCCAGCACAUAAUUCGCAGGGAGAUCAAGAACGAGGAGGCGCGUCACCUCUCACGGAAGUUUAAGGACUGGGCGUACGGCCCCGUGUACUCCUCCCUGUACGACCUCUCCUCCCUGGACACCUGUGGAGAGGAGGUGUCCGUGCUAGAGAUCCUGGUCUACAACAGCCGCAUUGAGAAUCGCCAUGAGAUGCUGGCUGUGGAGCCCAUCAACGAGCUGCUGAGAGCCAAGUGGCAGAAGUUUGCUGCCGUCACCUUCUACAUCAGUGUUGUGUCCUACCUGUUGACCAUGAUCAUCUUCACCCUGGUGGCCUACUACCGCCCAUCCCAGGGAACGCCUCCGUACCCCUAUACCACCAACACAGACUACCUGCGUAUGGUAGGGGAGAUUGUCACCCUGUGCUCUGGAGUCUUUUUCUUCCUUACCAAUAUUAAGGACCUCUUACUGAAGAAAUGCCCUGCGGUGAACUCAGUAUUUGUCAAUGGAUCUUUUCAACUGCUCUUCUUCAUCUACUCUUUGCUGGUGAUAGUGACUGCAGCUCUCUACCUGUCGGGUAUCGAGGCCUAUGUGGCUGUGAUGGUGUUUGCGUUGGUCCUGGGCUGGAUGAACACUCUCUACUUCACCAGAGGCCUGAAGCUCACCGGCACCUACAGCAUCAUGAUACAGAAGAUUCUCUUCAAAGAUUUGUUCCGGUUUCUGCUGGUCUACCUGCUCUUCAUGAUUGGAUAUGCAUCAGCUCUAGUGUCCCUCCUGACAGUGUGCCCCGGGCCGGAAGAGGUGUGUCCAGAGAAAGGUGGCUGCCCCACAUACCCCCAGUGCCGGGACACAAACACCUUCAGCAAAUUCCUGUUGGACCUGUUCAAACUGACCAUCGGGAUGGGUGAUCUGGACAUAGUCAGCAGGACUCAGUACCCGGCUGUCUUCCUCAUCCUGCUGAUCACCUACAUCAUACUCAGCUUUGUUCUACUGCUCAACAUGUUGAUCGCUCUGAUGGGAGAGACGGUGAGCCAGGUGUCCAAGGAGAGCAAGAAGAUCUGGAAGCUGCAGUGGGCUACGACCAUCCUGGACAUCGAACGCUCCUUCCCUGUGUGUCUGCGGAAGUCCUUUCGGUCUGGGGAGAUGGUGACAGUGGGGAAGAACUGGGACGGCACCCCUGACUGCCGCUGGUGCUUCAGGGUGGAUGAGGUCAACUGGUGCCACUGGAAUCAGAACCUGGCCAUAAUCAACGAAGACCCGGGCAAGAACGUAACAGAGACCCUCCAAACCUCCAGUACAGUUCAUCAAACUGUCCGUGGCCUGAGGAGAGAUCGUUGGUCCACGAUGGUGCCGCGGGUUAUGGAGCAGAAUAAAAGGCAGCAACCACGGGAUCUAGUAUUGGAAAUGGAGCCACUGACCUCCAGACAUUGAACCUGUGCAGGGCCAAUGGGGGGCCCCGGGUCCUUAAGAACAUCCUGCAGAUCGGAGGUCAUCAUACUCAAACGGACAAAAAAGUGUUGGGCCACAAAGUUUGCCACUUUGCACAAAACUCUGUUGCAAAAAUAUGUAUUAUAAGAAAAUUGAACAGAUUUUUAGAACGUAAUGAAUCUAACGUAUGUUCAAGCCAACAAUUCAUUGCUCUAAAUAGGAUUCUACUUGAUGGUAUUAACCCAGGGGGAAGGUGCAUCUUUACCUGGUCGCUGGUUCGAAUCCCUGAGUUGACUAGGUGAAAAAUCUGUUAAUGUGCCUUGAGCUAGGCACCUGUAUGUACAGUUGAAGUUGGAAGUUUACAUACACCUUAGCCAAAUACAUUUAAACUCAGUUUCACAAUUCCUGACAUUUAAUCCUCGUAAAAAUUCCCUGUCUUAGGUCAGUUAGGAUCACCACUUUAUUUUAAGAAUGUGGAAUGUCAGAAUAAGAGUAGAGUGAUUUAUUUCAGCUUUAAUUUCUUUCAUCACAUUCCCAGUGGGUCAGAAGUUUACAUACACUCAAUUAGUAUUUUGUAGCAUUGCCUUUAAAUUGUUUAAAUUUCAGCAGCAGCGCCGGACAGGCGGGAGACUCCGGCUGCGCCGGACAGGCGGGAGACUCCGGCUGCGCCGGAGAGGAGGGAGACUCGCAGCCGGAGAGGAGGGAGACUCCGGCUGCGCCGGAGAGGAGGGAGGCACUGGCAGCGCCGGAGAGGAGGAAGGCCCCGGCAGCGCUGGACAGGCGGAACGCACUGUAGGCCUGAUGCGUGGUACUGGGCCAAGGACACGCACAGGAAGCCUGGUGCGAGGAGCUGCCACCGGAGGGCUGGUGUGUGGAGGUGGCACUGGAUUGACCGGACCGUGAAGGCGUACUGGAGAUCUUGAGAGCAAGGCUGGCACCAACCGCCCUGGCUGGAUCUUCACCCUAGCCUGGCAGAUGUGGGAAGCUGGGAUGUAGCGCACCGGGCUAAGCAUGCGUACUGGGGACACCAUGCGAACCACCGCAUAAUCCGGUGCCUGACCAGCACCACGCCCGCCACGGUUAGCACUGCUAGGAGCACUGUAGUGCUGAGAUGGCACAGGACGUGCAAGGCUAGGGGGAUGCACAGGAUGCCUGGUGCGUGAGGCUGGCACAGUCUUCACCAGACCCCUAGCACGCACCUCAGGAUGAGUAUGGAGAGCUGACCCAGGUGCCAUUAAAUCCCUGACACGCUCUGUCGGGCGAAUGUCGUGCCUCAUGCACCAAACCAGCAACUCCCUCAUAUCUCUCUCCUCCAAUUUCCCCAUUAACUCCUUCAGUCUCUGCUUCGCUCACCUCCAACACCAGCUCUGGUUCUGAGCUCCGCCUGGGCUCCUCACGAUAAACGGGGGGAGUUGGCUCAGGUCUGACUCCUGACUCUGCCACACUCCCCCUGUGCCCCCCCCAAGACAUUUUUGGGGCUGACUCUCGGGCUUCUAUCCGCGCCGCCGUGCUUGCUUCGCCAACCUCAUUCUCCUGUAACCUUCCGCGCACUGCUCCAUCGAAUCCCAGGCGGGCUCCGGCACUCUCCCUGGGUCGACCGCCCACCUGUCUAUUUCCUCCCAAGUAGUAUAGUCCAUAUUCUUGCCGUCCAAACCGUCCUCCCAUGUCCAUUCCUCUUUUCGCUGCUGUUGCCCGUUACCACGCCGCUUGGUCCUGUUGUGGUGGGUGAUUCUGUAACGGUUCUCUUGGGGUGAAGUAGAGGCGGACCAAAAUGCAGCGUGGUGGUUAUUCAUGUUCUUUAAUUUAUAAAGACACUACACAUGAGAUAACCUAAAACAGCCCUAUCUGGUGCAAAACACAGAGACAGGAACAAUCACCCCCAAACACAGUGAAACCCAGGCUACCUAAAUAUGGUUCCCAAUCAGAGACAAUGACUAACACCUGCCUCUGAUUGAGAACCAUAUCAGACCAGACAUCAGGCUAGACAAACAAGACAUCCAACAUAGAAUGCCCACUCAGAUCACACCCUGACCAACCAAAACAUAGAAACAUACAAAGCAAACUAUGGUCAGGGUGUGACAUUGAGAUGUUUCUACAACAUGAUUGGAGUCCACCUGUGGUAAAUUCAAUUGAUGGGACAUGAUUUGGAAAGGCACACACCUGUCUAUAUAAGGUCCCGCAGUUGACAGUGCAUGUCAGCGCAAAAACCAAGCCAUGAGGUUGAAGUAUCUGGAAAAGGAUACAAAACAUUUGUGCACCAUUGAAGGUCCCCAAGAACACAGUGGCCUCCAUCAUUCUUAAAUGGAAGAACACUCGGAAGGGAAAGAAACAAUUGAAUCCAUUUUAGAAUAAGGCAACAGUACAGAAUGUCACCUUUUCAUUUGAGGGUAUUUUCAUACAUAUCUGUUUUAGAGAUUAGAAAUGAAGCGCUGUAUGUAUCUAGUCCCCCCAUUUGAAGGUGUCAUGAGUAUUGGACAAAUUCACUUCAAAAGUCUAGUAUUUGGUCCCUAGCAUGCAAUGACUACAUCCCGUGAUUGGGAGUGUGCAAAGCUGUCACCAAGGCAAAGGGUGGCUACUUUGAAGAAUCUCAAAUUUAAAAUAUAUUUUGAUUUCUUUAACACUUUUUUUGGUUACUAUGUAGAAAAUAGUAAAAAUAAAGACAAACCCUUGAAUGAGUAGGUGUUCUAAAACGUUUGACCGGUAGUGUAUGUCUCUGAACACUUAAUUAAUUAGGAUGCUACCAAGUAAGAAAGUAAGUAAGAAAGUUAUAGAUGCAGAAAGAUCACGCCCCCUAAACAUGAUGACCUCUUACCAUAACAAAUAACAGGAGAGGUUAUCAUUUUUUGGGGUAUGAUAUUUAUGCUUUUCUAAACAUAUUCUAUUGUUAUUUACAAUAAAAAUGACUCCAAAAUGACACAAUACAUUAUUUAGCAUUAAUUUCUAUUGUAGAGUCACAGAAUUCAUGUAGUCAUUGCAUGCUAGGAAUAUGGGACCAAAUACUAUUACUUCUGACUCAAUUUAAUUCACUUUAAGUGAACUUGGCCAAAUACAUAUGACACCUUCAAAUGGGGGGGACCAGAUACAUAAAGUGCUUGCAUUUCUAAAUGGUAAAACAGAUUUAUGAGAAUACCCUACAAUAAAAGGUGACAUUCUGUACUGUCGCCUCAUAAUUCUUUUAUCUCAAAACCAAAAUGCUGGAGUAUAGAGCCAAAUUAAAAGUAUUACACGUCACUGUCCAAGGAAAUACAUUGGGGAGUGUAUGUACAUGUGUUUUUAGAGGUUUGGUGUUCUAUGAAAAUAUACCUUAAUUUAAGACUGAAACAUUUGCUACUAAUCCAAUAUCACCCAGAGAAUGGUUUUGAAUAUGGAGGCAUUACUAUUGCAGUGAAGAAUAUUUAAGAUGUCAAUUUAAGAUUGUGUUUUGAGGCCAUUUUGGGACAUUAUUGGAUGAAUGUCUUCCUAUGUGUUUCGAUGUUUUUUAUACAAUUCUUUAUACAUUUUGCAACAAAGUUAACUACUGGUC